UUUCACUGGGAUAUUUCGUUUAAAUUUGAUUGAUGUAGCAAGUUUUUUUCAAAAGUCCCGUUAUGUCUACAUAAGCUCCAUCAAAUCGCAAACAUCCUAGAGCCUUCAAUGAUAGUGGACUUUGCGUAAUUUUCAGAAAAAUGAGUGGCAAAAAAAAAGUGAAACUAACGUAUCUCAGCGGAAAAUACAAGACAGAAGCCGCUAUAUCAUGAGAACACCAUUGUGAAACGAUUGGAGAGGGUUUCGUCUUUACAAAACGCAACACGUACAGCGGAAGUUAAUGAAGAAUUGGGUGAAAAAUAUUCAUUCGAUAACGGUCCAGAGAGCAUUGCUUGAAGCUAGCUUUCAUUCUCGUGUAGCUAGACGCAAACAACCACUAUUUGCAAAAGUGAACCAAAAGAAGUGUUAAGCCUAUACUAAGGAUUACCUCAGUAAACCAAAUGAAUUUUGGGACAAUGUACUCUUCUCGGAUGAAAGUAAAUUCAAUAUCUUUCAAUCUUAUGGCCGCAAAAGUGUGUGGAAAAAACCUAACACUGAACUUCUAAAAUAGAAUCUUUCUGCGACUUAAAAAACAUGGUGGUGGAGGAGUCAUUGUAUGGGGCUGCAAUACUAUAUGGAAAUUCUUAAAUUGCCAGAGUCAUUUACAUCUCAACACGACAAUGAUCCAAAGUACACUACGCAUGUGGUGCGUAUGUGGCUUGCACACCACAUUAAGCAUACAAUUGAAUAUACUCGUAUGUGGGAAGAACUGGAUUGGCUCGUUAAAAAGCGCGCUGUAUCAACAAAAGAAGAGUUGAAGCUGAUACUGGUGGAGGAAUGGCAGAAUAUUGUGGUGGAAACCACACUAAAAUUGGUCUCAUCGAUGCAAAAGUGUUUGGGAGCUGUCAUUGAACAUGAAAAAGACUUGGCUACAAAACAUUAAUUUUGUUUUAUGAUAUUUUUUUUGUGUUUUUAUUGUGCCAAUACUAUUGUU